AUGGCCGUCACCACACGCCACCCAGCGCAUACGAAGGUGAUCUUUGCGACUGCAAAUGAGUGGCAUUUUCGAGAGCAAGCCCGCAUUCCACAAGAUCUGAGCCAGUACUGCAAGGCGAACGCCAUCGUAGAAUUCCAGAGGGCCGCCGUCGACGUCUCGUUUGCGGUCUUUGUUUCCGCGGGCUGCUCGCACAUCGCGACGGUGGAGGCCAACGCCCAAGACAGGACGAUCAAGGUCACCGUCUGGCACCUCGACCAAGAAUUCGCAGAGAAGUGGUCCACCAGCCACGAAGCGCCUGAAUCAGAGUUCACAGCGGAUGCCUAUGUCAGCUCCUACGAUUACGGCGCGAUCCACGGUGGUAUCACGGAAGACGGCCAGUGUGUCUUGCUCGUCUACCGACCGAAGGGAAGCACAACGAGGGCGUACCUCGUCAAUGCGCGCGGUUUCACUUCGAGGAAACCCCCGUCUGACACGAACUUGGGUUACUCUACUAGUAUCGGCACGUUAUCCGAAGAUAGUGAGUACCUCUUUUAUGUCCGCUCAGGCGAGAAAUUCGGGAGGAAUGGACAAGCCAAGGUUGUCGAGGCCUACUCGAUCCGCCAUCUGUCGUGCGCGAAAGCCGAAUCGUUUGGCUUUGGCGAUUGUUACCAGAUGAGGAACGUCUGUCUUCUGCCCCAUCUGCGGCUUCAAGGUCCGACCUACAUGGCGAUUGACACUUCGAGUUUCGGCGGCGACGACCUCCAGCGGAACAGCCCGCCGCUCAUCGCGUCAUCAGACCAGCAAUUGCAUUGGAACUUCGCAGGCAUCGACUCCAUCACGAGUCGCGGCGGCAUGAGCUGCUUCGUGUCGCCAGACAAUGCGCACCUCAUUUACGUCGAGCCAGAUGCGGCGAUGCUGCACCACUGGGACCUGAACAAGUUGUCCUUUAGGCCCCUGGGCAGUGUCCGACUGCCUGGCGUCGAAUACAGCACGUAUCGGACCUGGUUGCUCUACGGCAAGGAGACAAAGAUGAAGGACGCCAUCGCGGAUCAGAUCCACGAGGUACGCUAUUCGCCCAAGUGCAAGACCGUUACCGUGGUCACCGUCAACGAUUCGAUGGUCGUCGUCAACGUACUGUCGACGUUCAACCUCCAGCUGGUCCAUCAUGAGACGAUCAAAGACGCAACGUGGACAGAAUACGUCCCUUUGCGGAUUGGAUUCCAUGAGACCACAGGGCUCAACGUCUUUGCGAUGAGUCCAGCCGACAUCACCCGCGACCACCAAGGCCUGUUGCGGUUGUUUGGGAUGAAGGGAGUCCUGAUCGCCAUGCCAGAGGUGUUCGAGAAGAUCAAGGCCAUCGAAGUUUACUUUGACAACAUCGGCGAGCGGAUUGCCGCGCUGCCGGACCUAGUGUACAGCAAACAAGUGAUGCCUCUGGCCAAGUUCGAGUGGAAGCCCGGUGUCAUGGAUCGCAACGACGAAUUCUCCAUCCCGCGCACGGCUGGACCGACCACAGUCACCAACAGCGAGGACGCCAGACGCCAGUUCGACUUCUACGUCAACGUCUACGCCCACCGAUCGUCGUCGUGGAAGCAGGACAAUAACCCAGAGCUACGUCGCUUCUUCGUGCCGCACCUUUUCAGCUUCACGUACCCCUGGGCCCCGGAGAAGCGGGUCAGCGUCUUUGGAGUAGUCAUGAAGAACGAAUACCACUUGAUUUCGAUCGGGCCAGCCGCCAGCUCGUCCGGUUCGGGGACGGACAUUAUUCGGGUGCUCUACGCCACAGACAUCAAGAUCUCCACAGAUAAGAUAGAACAUAUUGAAAUCUACGAGCUCGAGGGCCGCUACGUUCUCCGCGUAUAUACAAUGCACGAGGGCUUCUCGUCGUACUCUGGGGCCCCCAUGCCCAUCCCUCGGUGGACGCUGAUGUCGCCUCACUUUCUCGAGGAGGAUGCCUGGUAUGACACUUUUGUCAUCCACCGAAGCAACCAUGUCACGAUGCCUGGCGGGUGGUCUGCCACGCCUAACCAAGCCAUUUCCUCGUCGACGAACGUGUAUGCAUACUUCCAGCCUAACACGCUGGUCGUGCAAGACGAGAUCAACUACGGUCUUCGUACCCGCUCCGCCUACGUGCUCCCGAAGUAUCUGCUGUGGAAGGAGUACGGCCUUCGUGGGCUCCGGAAAGGCAACCUCAAUGACAUAUUCUUUGGUGGCGGCCGCUACGCCGACAUAUUGGGGCCUUAUUUCCGCAGUGUCUACGACGACAGAGCGUACGACGAUGCGAAUCCGCUCUUCCCCAGUACCUUCGCCUUGGCUUGCAACUCCGACUAUCGAUCGCAGCGGACCAUUCACAUCGACGCCUUCUUCCGCCGCGUUCGACAGGAUCAAAACAGGCUACUGGAUAAUUCUGCGACAGUUACCUGCGCUCUCCCGAUAGCGUGUAGGGCACGCCCCGGCGCCACGCUCUCCUUCAUGCGUUUCGUUGCGCUCUAUCCGUGGGCUGUCAUCGAUAUCGGUGCCGUGCAGGUCAAGAAGGGCGCGACCAAGGCAAAGACGGUGGAUUAUGACAAUGAGUGGUACAAGUGGCGUCGACGAGCGAAAGUCAUUUGGCAAGAUAUCCGUAUGCUAUUCCGCGUCAACGCCAAGGCUGUGGAGUCCGAACCGAACAAGCAGCUCUUGACACUGCCACUCCCUGGGUUUUGCUCAUUUGACAACAAGCUAUACAAGCCUCCUCCGGUUGAAGCAUCCCGCGCCUCCGACCGCGAUGACUCCUUUUGGUCGUUUGUACUCGCGACCACCCCGUACAGCAAGUUCCCCACGUGGGAGUCUUGGCUCCAGACGUCGGUGGCGGAGUCGGGCAAGGGCCCGGCCAGCCCUUUCACAAGGCUGAUUGAGGAAAUCUUGGAGAUGAAGGAUCGUGACCUCCAACUGACCUAUCUCAAGGUCGUGUGGCUGGAGAAGCUGCUUACCUGGAAGAUGCGCACUUUCGGCCGCAAAAUUUACCUGACCCGGACCGCGUUGCCCAUGCUGGUGCUGUUCGUGCUCCAUCUGACACUAGGGAUCCUCCUGACGGGAGGCGAUGGGCUCACCGAGGACCGGAUCGGCUGGUGGGUCAUCCUGCUUGCGACAAUUGAGGCUGCGGCCUCGUGCUUUAUUCUCUCAGUCAAGCUGCGUCAGGCCUACCGUAUCCUGCGACAGUUCUUCCGCUCCAUCUUCACCUAUGUCGACGGUACCGCUCUGUCACUGGGUCUUGCCAUAUUUUUCCAGAUUGCCACCAGGCAUGCGCCGCAGCGAGCGUUUCUGGGGUUUUCGACGCUUUUAAUCUGGAUCGCGGCAAUCCUCAUGCUGCGCAUCUACAGGCCCGUGGGAAUGCUGCUGCUGCUGUUGACCGAGACGAUCCAGGAGAUUUUCUCGUUCCUAGUGCUGCUCUUCUUUAUCAUUUUAGGGUUCGCCUUUGUGCCGUUUCUCCUUUUAAGGAAUACCGAAGGCAUCGACUCGGCGCCCAACCCCUUUUCCAAUUUUGCCAUGUCCUUCGCGAAUAUCCUCAACUUUAUCUCGUCCGACUACGGUGCGCUGGAAGCCUUUGAGGACUCGGCAGCGGUUCGCACACUCCGCGCGCUUUACAUCAUCAUCAUCACCGUCCUCUUCCUCAACAUUCUCAUAGCAAUGCUCAAUCUCAAAAUCAAAAAUGCCGAUAAGAACGCGGCCAACCUGUAUCACUUGCAGAUGGCGUCGUUGCAAGUCGAGAUCGAGCUGGGCCUGCUCUCUGCCUCCGAGCGUCGACGCAGAGACUGGUUUCCGCAGUGGUUUAACUACAGCAUGACGGAGACGGAGACGCGCAUGUGGGAAGACUACGUCGAGAAGAACAAACUCAAGUGGGACGAGGAGAAUGACUUUGACGAGACGAAAGACGACGCGCCACGCGCCCUGCCGCUUCCACGAUCAACGGCCGACGACGGGACCGCCCUCUCAACAGGCCAGCUUCCCCCCACGAGCACCACGGCCGACACGGAUGACGUAUGGGGCACAACCCCAAACGAUGAUGUCGCCGCGGAAGCUGAAACAUCGCCUCUUCCCCAGAGCACCUCGCCCAGCCCGUCGGCAAUGUGCCAACCCAGCAACGCAACCCCUGCACCGUCACAGUCCCAAUCACAGCUUCAGUCGCAAUCUCAACCACAACCUCCACUCCCGACCGCUAACCCGUUCCCCUCACCCCAACCCACGGCUUCAAACGCAAGCGCCAGCUCCAGCGCCACGACCGCAGACUCCUCCGCCCCUCCCGGAACCGAAGGGACGCUGAUCUGCAACGUCUGCGGCGCGCCGGGCAAGCGCUGCACGGGCUGCGGAAAGGUGGCGUAUUGCGGCAAGGAGCACCAGAGGGUGGACUGGAAGACGCAUAAGGCUGCUUGCAAGAAGGGAUAG